AUGUCUGAUAGCACUAGUAAAGGCAAAUCAUACAAAAAGUGCAUCAAAUGCGGUGCCGAUGAAAGAAAAGCUACGUCGUAUAAAAAAUUCAUUGUGUCUGAUUCUUUAGCCAAUCAAAUAAACCAAGUUUUGAAUCUAAAUAGUGCACUCGGUGAUUACAUCUGCAAAUCUUGUUAUACAACGUUUCAAUUUUUAAACCCAAAACCAAAGGAACAACAGGAUUCAUCGCAACAAGAACAAUGUUCACAAAGUACACAAACUGAUAGUCAAGGUUCAGGACCGAUUACUUUGUCACAAUCUUCUAGCAAUGUCUCAGAGUUCGUACUUGAAGAGUAUCCUAAAGAAGAAGAAGAGUGUAUAGAAUUGCCAUUUCCUCGUCCUAUUUCGACACAUAAAUAUUGCUUCUUAUGUGGAAAAUCAACUAUUAUUGUCAAUGUACCCUUUAAUGCUCGCAAACAAGUCUUUACAUCCAAGAAAAUAUUUAUUCCUGAUGGCAACCGGUGUUGUUCUACCCAUUUAAUAAAAAAACGCUUUUUUGAAGAUGAAAUAAAUAAUAUUCAAGUAUAUACACAUUAUAGUUCAAUUAAAAAAUCAGACGUCAUAAAGCUUCUUGAAAACUUGAGAGUUGAUAUAGACAAAGAACUAACAGACAAAAUUGGCGAGUGCUCUCUAUCCGAAGAGCGUUUACUUAUUUUUACUGGCUUAACUUGGGAAAAUAUUAUUAUGCUACGUGAUAUGAUGACGUCACUGAGAAAUACGGAAUCGAGAAAUAUAAUUCAAGCAUUGGUCGUAUUUCUUUUUAAAUUACGAUCAGGAAACUCAAACAACACAAUUGCAGCUGUACUUGGACUUGAGCGCCCUCAACAAGUAUCGGAUUUUUCUGCAUCGAUUUUAAGUUCUUUUGAGAAAGAUGUUUUGCCAUCUCGUUUUGGAAUUCAAGCUGCUAAUCGACAACAUUUAAUCGACCAAACCGCGCCGGUUGCCAAAAUAUUGUAUGAUAUUCGGGGCGAUCAGCUAGGUCUCAAAAUCAUACUCUGGACAAAAAAAGCUCCUCUGUGUAAACCUUUUACAAUUUGCACUACCAAUGGCUACAUCAUAGACAUACUCGGCCCGUACUAUGCAACUGACAACGAUGCUAAAAUUCUUGAGAGUAUUCUCAAUGACCCAAAUGGAUUGAUAACGCUUUUGCAGGAAGGAGAUAAAUUUUUUUUGGAUAGAGGGUUCCGCGACGUUAUACAAAAACUGUCAAACCUUCAAUUUCAAGCACUGAUGCCUGCAUUAAAGGGAAAAAGGAAGCAACUCACAAGUAUAGAAGCCAAUGAGUCACGUAUGGUUACAAUGGUUCGUUGGGUUGUCGAAGCUGUACAUGGUGUAAUAAGCCAAAAGUAUAAACUUCUGCAUAAUCAGUUCGAUAACAAGAUGAUUCCCAACGCAGCUCUAUAUUGUAAGAUAGCGGGUUUUUUGAUAAACACAUUUGGAAAGAGAUACGUUUCCGAAGUUUCAAGUAAAAACGAAAUAAUUGCACAAAUCAACAAAAUAAAAAGUUUAGAGAAUACGUUGCUUCAAGAAUGUGAAGAAAAUAGAUGGGGUAGGCGGAAAACUUUAUUUCAACCACUCCAGUCCAAUGAUGUUUUAGAUUUCCCCGAAAUGACAGAACAAGAUUUAAUAACUUUCUUCACAGGUACAUAUCAACUGAAACAAUCAAUUUCAUAUUUGGCCGAGUUAAUUACUGAAGAUAAUAAAGUGGAUCUACAGUUCUUGAAAGAAACUGCAGACAUAAUUAAAAUUCAAGUUCGUUCGAGACAUAUAAAGGCUAAAACAUACAACUGUUACAUUCACUAUCAGCCUCAUUCAAUUGGUACCAGUGGAAUCAAACGCCAUUAUUGCGAUUGCGCAAAUGGUGCCAGAACAAUAGGAUGUUGCUCACAUGUAGCCGCUAUCAUCUACUACUUAUCAAAUGCAAGAUAUCUAGCUAAAAUUGUAAAUCCAGCAAAAAUACUAACAAACAUAUUUGAUUCCAAUGUUAUACCUGUUAUAAAUGAAGACAGUGAUGAAGAUUGAAUGCAAAAACGAUAUUAAACUAUUGCAACAGGGCCAUUUCGCUCCCUACAAAAAAUAUAAAUUACGAGGUCAAACAAUUAUUUCGACGUAACUCUCCAAUGCUCAAUCAAUAGUGUCCAAAUAGUGUUCCGUCAUCAUCUAGUAUAACAUAGAACAAUGUCCAAGUGGCUUGGUCCCGGCUAGGAUUUGUAACAGUUUCUAGCAUCGGCGUCGACUGUAUAUUCAAUUUAUGUAUUAUAAUAUUAUGUAUAUUGUUGCACUUAUGUAAAUAACUUCAAUAAAUAUCUUUUUUAAAAUACUGUUAUAACUAAUACGUACUAUUAAGUGGGUUCUAUAAUAUUAUUAUAGAAUGUAUUCAUUAUGUAUAUCGUUUAUAAAUAUACAGGGUGUUUCAUUAAUAAUUAGAAAUAUUUUAAUAGUAGAUUCUUGGGCUCAAAAGAUUAAGAUCCAAUAACCAAAUACCCAAAUCACUUAAAUAAAAUGUGGCUAGUUACAAGGUGUUUUAUUAAUCAAUUAAAAAAUUAUAUUUGUACCCAGUACUUUAAGAUUGUUUGACAUAUCCUUGUCAUAUUUGGCAGCAAGUGUAGGUACUAUACACCCUACUAAAUUAUGUUAAACAAAUGUUUCAGGCUACUACCAGAGGCGUACGACAGGGGAGAAUGAUUGGUUGACCCUUCCUAAAUUCUACGUCACUGGCGGAAUUGCUAUUUUAGUGCAAUUUUUCGAUUCUCCAAUACUUUGUAUGAAAAUAAUAUAUUCUUAAUUCGUAACGAUAAAAUCGUUAGUUUUCGAGAUAUCUGAAGUUAAAAUGAAACGCAGAGUUUUUUUGAGUAAUGCAUUAUAUCCCUUCGGUUUUAACUUCAAAAAUCUCUUAAACUAAUGAUUUUAUCGUUAAGAAUGAAGAAUAUAUUAUUUACAUAGAAGGUAUU